CGCGCCAAUUGAGCGUUCAACAUUUUUGACUUUCUAAAUGUCAGACGCGAAUUUGAUCGUUUUGGUCGCGCCGGGUCUUGUUUGUUUGAAAGUUUGUAUUUAUAUGUUAUUUUCGAGUUUAUUGCAAUAAUUCCUGUUCAUAAUGGACAUCCAUUCUCCCGAUGUCCUUGGAACAUUGAUUCUUGACGGCGGCAAAGUUCUUAAUUUGAGAGCUGGAACUUACUUGAUAGGGAAUGCAUCGUCGAAAGAAUGUGAUCAUCAUAUUAAAAUAGACGACCCGUCGAUUGAUGUGAAACAUGCUGCAUUUGUUCUAACCCAUGAUACUAUUAAGCUAAUGGAUUUAUUUUCUCAACACGGUUCGUAUAUUGAUGGCAAAAAAAUCAAACAAUGUGAAGUUGUAGAACUUGUCAAAUCUGUGAAGCUUCAAUUUGGAAGCUUUAUUUGUCAGUUCCGUUACAAUCAAGAGAGUGACAGCGGCUUCUUAGGGAUAAAUGAUUCUGCGACAAAAGACACUUCAAUCAUCCCAAGUACUCCAACAAAUCACAAUGAAUCUCUUCCGACCCGAGCAAACAACAAGAGUCGGAAUCCUUCAUCAACGCCCACUAUUUUAUUAAGCCGGCGUUCCUCAAACACAUUACAAAAUGGAGAUAGUGCAGACGAAAGCUUUUUCGUGAAAGCGACACAAGCACAGAAUAAUGUGAACGCUAGUUCACGAGAAAUGGCUUCGCUUCUCGAAGGUGACGAUGAAUUUUUCCUUCCCGAAACUCAGGAAAUACGAACAGAUCAACCUGUGGAUGAUGAUAAUAGUUCAUGUGAUAUGUUCCAGUUAAACACACAAGAUUUUCGAGAUGGGGAUAAUUGUAGCAAUGAUUCAGACAACUUGAUAGCUAACGUAUCACUACAGAAUUCGGAGAUCAUUCCUUAUAUCAUGCCUCCAAAGCUUGAAAGUAACUCCAGAAUUAUGCCGGAUCAGAAGGAACCCACAAAAUCAACUUCGAGUAAUGUGAACGACGUUGGUAGCGAUACUGACUGUGAAGAGGAUUUAUUUAAUUUAAGGAUGGAUGAAACCAAUGACGGGAAAGUAGAUCAAAAUGACAAGAGAAGCGCAGCCUCAACUCCAGAUAUAGAUUUUUGCGACAACAAAUUGAACGACGAAGAGGAUACAGACAGUUUACAAGCAACACAGAUUUUCCCAUUGCGAAAAAGCUGUGUCAAUGUUGGAAAUAGUAUCGAGAACCUUACAUCACAUGAAGACGACGAUAGAGGUGAUAACAAUAAGCAGGAUCUUAGCCGCAUUGAACCAGCUAGUGUUUCAACUACUGCGACUGAAAAUUUAGAACAAACACAAAUAUUUCGGUUACCGGUUGCACCGGCUCCACAAGACAACCAUUCAUUUUCACUGCCAUCUAUCGAUCAAUACAAUAGAGCCAGAAAUUCAGCGAAAAAGUCAACCGCAACACCAGCAAUAAAUGACGAUGAUGUUGAACCUACUCAAAUAUUUAAACCACCCGAUGUUCAAACAAAAGUAAACGAAAGCAUUCCAUCGGAAAAUACAGAAUUUCUUGAAGUUACACAGAAGUUUAUUGCGCCCUCAACAUCUGCUAACAGAUUACAAAUGACUCCAUCACCGAUUCUCUUAGACUCUGACGAGGAAGAAAAUGAUACUGAAUUUUGCCUGAAUCCAACUUUAGUCAUUGGUGAACAACCCGAUGUUAGUGAAUCGUCAAAGAAAAACCAAACUUCAGAUAAGAAGAAACGCAAUCUGAAUAAAUUAUUUGGUUCCGAUGAUGAAGAUGAAAGCAUAACACCUGAAGAACGAAACCCAUCAGUGGCUGAUCCAUUGAAAUUGAAAACACCAGCACGUACAAACUCACCCUUAAUUCAGCCAACUCCUGAUUUUGCUUUCUUUAAAUUACCCAAUUUGAAGAAAAUUGAUGUGGCCGAUGAGAUAUUCCGUUCAAAGUUCAAACAUGUGGAGCGUUCUAGAACGUUAUUAGAGGAGAGUUCGGAUGAAGAUGAUGAAAAUGACCCAACAAAACUCAUGAAUCGUCUCCUCACGGAAACCGAGAAAUUGGAUGAUAAUCUCAAAGAUAUGAAUGACAAAAAAGCUGAAAGCACAACAAGGGGAAAACGCACUGUUCGCAAAGCCUCUUCCGCAUCUACUUCUAACGAGUCGGAUUCGAAGAAGAGUAAGACUCAUUCAAAAUACUCAAAACCUACUAAAAAAGUGGAAGAGGAAUCAAAUUCUAAGACAAAGGAGCAGGGGACGAAAUCAUCGAAGUCAGAAUCUUCUUCGAAAUCGUCAAAGUCAGAAUCUUUUUCGAAAUCGUCGAAGUCAGAAUCUGCCUCGAAAUCGUCGAAAUCAGAAUCUUCCUCGAAACCUUCGAAGUCAGAAUCUUCUUCAAAAUCUUCCAAGUCAGAAUCUAAAGAGUCGAAAACAUCUGUGAAAGACUCGAGACAAACCAGACAGCACAAAUUGGAAACCGCAAACAUAGAAAAUGUUGAAAAUGUUGCUUUGCCUGAAAAACGGGCUACUCGACAAAGACAUGGUAAAAAUUCUUCCAAUAGUUCGGAUGGAUCAAGGCAUGACGAAUUCAAAUCUGAUAAAGGCAGUAGAUCUAAUGACCGUAAUAGCAAAGAUAGAGACCAUGUUGGGUCUAAGAAGACAAACAGUCAUCGUAUUGAAACCAGUGAAAAAAAUUUACCAGCAAAAAAAUUAGGUGAAUUAACAGAAAUAGAUAAUAGAACCAAACCACGAAAUUGUAAAGUUUUAUUACAACGUACGGUCCUUGGUAAUAUUGCAGAAUGCGAUGAUCGCAUGACUAGGAAGAGACAUACGACAAGCAAACAGGAAACAGCAGUGCCCAAGAAGAGGAGCAAAGAAAAUGACCCUGUGCAACUGCAACCAGUGACUGAAGAAGACGAUAUUCCUCAAGUGCGAAAAUCAAACAGAACUACAAAGGCACGAAUCGCUUUCACAAAAAUGGAUAGUAAAGCAUACGAGAAACACAUUGAAAAAAUCGGUGGUAUAAUUGUUGACGAUCCACUAGAUUCCACUGUCCUUAUCACGGACAAGAUAUAUCGCACAUGGAAAUUUCUUUCUGCAAUGGGUAAAGGAAUACCAAUUGUAAACAUUAAGUGGUUACAUGAUACGCUGGACUACAAGGAGAGAAAAAUGCCAACACAUCCAAACUGUGAAGACUACUUACUGAGGGAUCCAAACGCUGAAAAGAGAUUCAAAUUCUCUUUGAGAAAGUCACUGGAAUAUGCUCGGAACUCGCCUGUGUUUAAAGGAUAUACAUUUUAUUGUACACCUAACACCAAACCAAAACCAAAGGAGUUGCAGACUAUAAUUGAAUGUGCAGGCGGGAAAGUCAUGCGAUCGUUGCCAAAGGAUUUUGAAGAACCUAAGAAAUUUUUCAUUGUUUCUGAUAAAGCUGACAUCAGUAUGUGGCCAGACAUAAGAGUCCGUUUGGGAGACAGAACGAUACUGAGCACAGAAGCAAUAAUAAUGGCAGUCAUGCAACAAUGUGUGAAUUUUAAAGCGUACCUGUUAUCGUCCAAAACUCAUUAGGUCGUUAUUUAUUCAAUUUAUUGUCUAUUUUUA